AUUUAGCCUACUAUCACUGUUUGAUUAGUGUUGAUUAACAAAAUUCGUACUACUAAUCACACUGGACUCUUAGGAAGCUGAAAAAUUCCCUCUUCCCUUUGGCAAAAUCCACAAAGACACACACACUAUUCCUUUCAUCAAUGGCGAUUACGUUCCUAGGGAACCUACAUAACAUGUGGCCAUUCUCCACAUUCAAAUUCGACCAACUCAAAUCGUCAAAACAAUUAGUAAACAAACUCAACAUCCCCGAUCACACCAAACAAUUCGUAUUCGCACUACGCGAUCCUAAUACCCAAUCCCUAAUUUACAUUCUCUCUUCUCUCAACCUAUCGCAACGUUCAGCUUUCGAUGCGGACUCUCUCAUCAAUGAAAUUAAACCCGACGCCGUUAUCGUUCAAGCUAGCGUUUCCCCUUUUGAUGAUGAAAACGACGACGUCGUUUUUGAUAUUCCGGUACCUACUUCUUCUUUUUCUGUUAUUAAACGAUGUUUUUUUGAUAAAAUUGGUAGGGAUAAGUAUGAGAGUGUUGCUGGUGAUUUUGUUCUUAGGGAGAUUUUUGGUACUGAUUUUAAUGGUCCUCUGUUUGCUGCUAGAAAAGCUGCUCAAAAUGUUGGAUCUUCCUUCAUUGUUGUUCAAUCACCUUUAGGGAAUUCUUGUUUGAUUAAUAACAAUGAUUGCAAUAAUAAUAAUAAUGAUGAUAGUAAUAGUAAUAGUAAUAAUUCUGGUGGAAUUGUUGAUGGUGGAAACCGUUUUAAAAGUAUUGUGAAUAGUUUGGUUCCUCCCCAGCAAAGUGCUUCUUCUUUGGCCUCCAUUGCUUUGAAGAGGUUUUCUCUAAAUAAAGAUGUUAGGAUGGUGUUGGUAGAGGCUUUAUCUGGUAAUAUGGAUCCUCUUUUGGUUGGUAAGAAUGAAAAUGAUUGUGUUUCUGAGAGGGGUUCGGUGGAAAUUCAGCCGACAACUAAUUAUGACACUCCUGCAUUUGCAAAGUCUAUUUAUCCUUUGCUCGAGGACUUGCAUGAAAUGUUUUCGGAUUUACCAUCGAUGCGGAAGGCAUUGGCACAUGUUCAGAAGAUGUUGUUGGAUGUAAAUAGAGGGGAGGUUCUUGAUGCUAGAACUGUUUCUGAGGUUUAUGCUUUUCGAAUUGCUGUUGAGGAGCUUAGAAUAGCUUUAAAUAAUAAGGGGUUGCGGCCGAUUGUCGAGAAAGACAUUUCUAAGUCUGAUAAGGUUGAGUUCUCGGAGCUUCCUGUUGAUGAAAAGUCACAAGUGUUAUUUGCUCAGGCAAUUCGUAGCCAGACUGAUAAGUUUAAAACCAUUGUGGCAGUGGUUGAUGCUAGUGCCUUGGCAGGUCUCAGGAAACACUGGGAUACUCCUCUUCCUGGUGAAGUUAAAGAGAUUGUUGGAGAAUUAAUCACGGAUUCUGAAGGCAAAGGGGUUAGUUUAAAUCAUGGUGAUCGAAAGCGGUUGUUGGCGGAUAGACCUGUGGUGGCAGUUGGGGCUGGAGCAACAGCAGUUUUAGGAGCUUCAUCCCUGACCAAAGUGGUCCCAAUGUCGACGCUGACGAAGGUUGUUGCUUUCAAAAUUCCAGCUUCAAUCAAGAUUAUACUCAGCCAGAUGCAGAAAGUACUGAGUAUUGCCCUUGGUCCAUCUAAAGUUGUGGCUCCUGGAUUUGCAACUUCUGGAGCCAAGACAUCGGGUUUCAUGAAGGCAGCUGCAUCUGCUGAAAAGCUUAGAGCCGUUACUCACAGUGUUAUAGCCUCUGCCGAAAAAACUAGUGUUUCAGCUAUGAGAACAGCAUUCUAUGAAAUAAUGAGGAAGCGAAAAGUGCAGCGUGUUGGCUUUUUACCUUGGGCUACAUUUGCAGGCAGCAUCGGAACUUGCACAGGCUUGCUUAUGUAUGGUGAUGGGAUUGAGUGCGCUAUCGAAUCUCUCCCUGCUGCCCCCUCAAUUGCCUGUUUGGGUCGUGGAAUUCAAAAUCUACGUGAGGCAUCUCAAGAAGUGAUGCAAACAGAAGGAACAAAAAUCCAAAAAUCAAUAGAUUCUCUAGUAAACAGAGUAAGAAAGGAAUAAAUGGGGCAGCAGUGGUGAAAGGCUUCGAAGGAGUGGUUCAUAUGUUAUGUAGUUGGAAUGAUACGGAAUGUAUAUCUUUUCACAAAUCUUUAUUUUUGUCGAUAAUUUUAAACUUUUUGGAGAAAAAAUAUGUUCUUAAAUAUAAAACUCAGAUGAAAUA